AGUUCUCUCAUGAAUUUGUAUGGAGGUUCGAGCUGCGACCAAGACAGUAUGCUGUACCGGUGUGGCGAUACGGAUUCAGGGCUAGGACGUGCUACACCUCCAAGGAGAGCCGCAUCGCCAUCUGGCCCAGGGUCUCUACCUGUCCGUAGAAAAUUUGACGACGCAGCGAGCGAGAGUGGUGGUAGCGAUUACAGUGGUCCCAGGCUCUACAAACAACCAGUGACCAAGUCCAACCGCGGUAUCAUAUUGAACGCAGUCGAGUAUUGUGUGUUCCCAGGCGUAGUGAACCGGGACGCCAAAAAGCGGGUACUCGAGGAGAUCAACCGGUCCGAGGCUAGGCACUUCCUGGUAUUGUUCCGGGACACGGGUUGCCAAUUCCGUGCGUUAUAUCUGUACUACCCAGAGAGCGAGGAGGUUGCCAAACUUUACGGCACCGGUCCGCGGAUAGUCACCGAUCGCAUGUUUGAUAGGUUUUUCAAGUACAAUUCAGGCGGCAAGUGUUUUUCACAAGUGCACACCAAACAUCUGACUGUCACCAUCGACGCGUUUACCAUACACAACAGUUUGUGGCAGGGUAAAAAAGUGAACUAUCCCAAUAAAAAAGACAUGACGCUAGUCGUUUGAUGUAACACCGGAGCCACCGGCCCGGGCAGUCGUUGUCGUUUGUUUGUUUAAGUUGUAUUAUUAUUAUAAUUAUUUAGGAUAAUAUAUACCCGCCGUAUGACUUAUACGGUGUACGAUAUUAUGUUGUUGUCCUGCCGCUUACUACACACCAAGCGCCCGUGAUUUCUUAACAAUUUUUGUUUAACACAAGUCUUAAUUAUUUCGGCUAUUGUCUAGCAUGUAGUUAUUAAUGUUUAAAGAGUAAGAAGUAAUUAUAGCCGAAUAAUAUCUA